AUGAAGUUAAAUGGUGGCAAGCAUGUUCAAGGAAGACUGCAGGCCUUUGAUCUUUUCAUUGGUCAUGUGAUUCAUGAGUGUGUACAGAUGGCAACUGGUGGGCAACAGAGUAACAGUGGGACAGUGGUGCCAGAAGGAAAGAGCAGCAUCAUGCUAGAAGCCUUGGAAAGAGAGAGUCUAAGCAAUAGGUAUCCAGCAGGGGAGUCCAGCUCUCUCCUCAGAGGGCCUCUUUGA